AUGAAGGGCGCCCUACCCCCUCGAUCUGGCGCCUUUCGAGCGACGCUGAAAGCUCUCAAUACCGAGGCCCCUGUCGACAUCGCCGGCGAGAUCUCUACGAUCGGCUUCGCGUAUUGCAGCGCCGAGAUCACUACUCAGCCAUGGACCACAGCGCGCACCCGCCUGCCUGCACGAGGCCUGGCGACGGUCACAGAUGCGCCUGCCAACCUGAGUCCACUAGAAGAAUAUGACGAAAGAGUGCACUCGCGAAAGUUGCGCGAUGACGAGCACCAACGAACAAUUGUCGAGCACUUGGACGACCUCCACCACAUGCUCACAGAGUACCACCCGCCGAAGGUCGUCCACCCAUGCAUUGCAGAUCUGCAGCCGAAGCAGAAGUCCUUCUUUGGAUCGAUCUUUGGGGGAGGCGAGAAGAAGAAAGUCAUAGCGGAACUGCCAGCAGAUAUGCCAAAGGGCCUGUACAUGUAUGGAGACGUGGGCUCGGGCAAGACUAUGUUGAUGGACCUGUUCUACGAUACCCUACCAGCGAACAUCACUUCCAAAACGCGAAUACAUUUCCACAACUUCAUGCAGGAUGUGCACAAGCGCUUGCACAAGUUGCGAAUGCAGUACGGCACCGACUUCGACGCUGUUCCUUUCGCAGCAGCAGACAUCGCGGAGGGCGCGCAAAUUCUCUGCUUCGACGAGUUUCAGUGCACAGACGUGGCAGACGCCAUGAUCUUGCGGCGGUUGAUUGAGGCUCUGAUGUCUCAUGGCGUUGUUAUCGUCACUACCUCAAAUCGGCACCCAGAUGAUUUAUACAAGAACGGCAUACAGCGCCAAUCCUUCAUUCCUUGCAUCAAUCUGCUCAAGUCCCGCAUGCGGGUCAUUAACCUCGACAGCACGACCGACUAUCGUAAGAUCCCUCGGCCGCCCUCCGGAGUAUACCAUCAUCCGCUCGACCGUGCCGCCAAAUCCCACGCCGAUAAGUGGUUCAACUUCCUGGGCGACCCAGAGAAAGAUCCUCCACACUCGUCCACAAUCCAGGUGUGGGGUCGCGACGUCCAGAUCCCGCUUGUCAGCGGCACAGCAGCGCGCUUCACCUUUGACGAACUUAUCGGCCGAGCAACCGGCGCAGCAGACUACAUCGAGAUGAUGCGCAGCUUCGACUCAUUCAUCGUCACGGACGUCCCAGGCAUGACACACCGCGAGCGUGACUGGGCGCGCCGCUUCAUCACGUUCAUCGACGCCGUAUACGAAAGCCACGCAAAACUCGUGCUUACCACGGCCGUACCUCUCAGCCACUUGUUCCUCAGCAAGGACGAGCUGGACGACAGCAUGAAGAAGACGCAGCAGGCUGUGGGCAAGGACUCGUCAGCGGAUGAGAAGGCAGCUAAGCAGAAGGUGGACGAGGGGCAUGAUGUGGAUGAUGUGAUGCGCAAUCUGAUGGAUGAUUUGGGGAUGAAUAUGGCGAUGUUGAAGAACAGUGCGUUGUUUAGUGGUGAUGAAGAGCGGUUUGCUUUUGCGCGCGCGUUGAGUAGGCUGAGCGAGAUGGGAAGUCAGGAGUGGGUGGAGAGAGGGCUGGGAUUAGAGAAGUUGGGAGGGAUUGCAGAGAAGGAGGGCUGGAGUCGGGUGAGGUCGAGGUGGCGGGAGGAUAGUUUGUGA